GGGGUCUCCGGGGACGAGUCCUGGCUUUCUAAUCCGUCCCGGCGGUGGGGCGCUGGGGAGGCGGAGGGGCGCCGCGGGCAGCCAGGGGGCGCCGGGGCCGCCCCUCCCGCGGGCCCCCCUGGCGGCGGGCGCUGGGGCGGCGCGCGCUCUGGGCGCCCGGCGCGGGGCGGGGGGCGCGGCGCUCCCCCCGCGGUGCCCAGGCCGGGGCGCGGGGCGGGCUAAUCCCGUAUGUAAAUGGCAGCCAAUGGAGGGUGGUGUUGCGCGGGGCUGGGAUUAGGGCCGGGGCGAAUGGCUGGCAAUCUUACUGGGAUUACAGAACAAAGAGCCUCCCUGCGCUCCCGCUCUCGGCUCGGCUCCCCGCGCCGCGCCCCGCCCUCCGCCGCAGCCCGCGCCGGGGGUGGGGGCCGCCGAGCGCCAGCCCCCCGGCCGGCCCGAGAGCCCCCGCCGGGCCCCCUCCCCGCCCCGCGCCCCGCUCGCCUCCCGCCCGCCCCCGCCGCCGCUCCGCGCCUCCCUCCGCCUCUCCUUCCCCCAUUCUCCCGGAUUAAUUAAGGAGGCAGCGGCUGGAGGCUGAGUCCUGGCCGCGGGCCGGGGCCGGGGCGCCGCUGGCAGGAGCGCUUGAGGAUCCUCCAAGGCGACCAUGGCCUUGCUGGGAAAGCGCUGUGACAUCCCCGCCAACGGCUGCGGGCCUGACCGCUGGACCUCUGCCUUUGCCCGCAAAGACGAGAUCAUCACCAGCCUCGUGUCUGCCUUAGAUUCCAUGUGCUCAGCGCUCUCCAAGCUGAACGCCGAGGUGGCCUGCGUCGCCGUGCAUGAUGAGAGCGCCUUCGUGGUCGGCACUGAGAAGGGGAGAAUGUUCCUGAACGCACGCAAGGAGCUGCAAUCAGACUUCCUCAGGUUCUGCCGAGGGCCCCUGUGGAAGGAGCCGGAGGCAGAGCACCCCAAGAAGGUGCCACGGGGUGAGGGUGGCAGCCGGAACAUCCCACGGUCUGCCCUGGAACAUGGCUCGGACGUGUACCUUCUGCGGAAGAUGGUAGAGGAGGUGUUUGAUGUUCUUUAUAGCGAGGCCCUGGGGAGGGCCAGUGUGGUGCCACUGCCCUAUGAGCGGCUGCUCCGGGAGCCGGGGCUGCUGGCCGUGCAGGGGCUGCCCGAGGGCCUGGCCUUCCGGAGGCCGGCCGAGUACGACCCCAAGGCCCUCAUGGCCAUCCUGGAGCACAGCCACCGGAUCCGCUUCAAGCUCAAGAGGCCGCUCGAGGAUGGCGGGCGGGACUCGAAGGCCCUGGUGGAGCUGAAUGGCGUCUCUCUGCUAGCCAAGGGGGCUCGGGACUGUGGCCUGCACGGCCAGACCCCCAAGGGGCCACCCCAGGACCUGCCCCCCACCGCCACCUCCUCGUCCGUGGCCAGCUUUCUGUACAGCACGGCCCUCCCCAACCACACCGUGCGGGAGCUCAAGCAGGAGGCACCCGCCUGCCCACUUGGCCCCAGCGACCUGGGCCUCGGCCGGCCCGGGCCGGAGCCCAAGGCCCCUGCUGCCCAGGACUUCCCGGACUGCUGUGGACAGAAGCCCACUGGUCCUGGAGGUCCUCUCAUUCAGAACGUCCAUGCCUCUAAGCGGAUCCUCUUCUCCAUCGUCCAUGACAAGUCAGAGAAAUGGGACGCCUUCAUCAAGGAAACCGAGGACAUCAACACCCUGCGGGAGUGCGUGCAGAUCCUGUUUAACAGCAGAUAUGCGGAAGCCCUGGGCCUGGACCACAUGGUCCCCGUCCCCUACAGGAAGAUCGCCUGCGACCCAGAGGCUGUGGAGAUCGUGGGCAUCCCAGACAAGAUCCCCUUCAAGCGCCCCUGCACCUACGGAGUCCCCAAGCUGAAGCGGAUCCUGGAGGAGCGGCACAGCAUCCACUUUGUCAUUAAGAGGAUGUUCGACGAGCGAAUUUUCACAGGGAACAAGUUUACCAAAGACCCCACGAAGCUGGAGCCGGCCAGCCCGCCAGAGGACGCCUCUACGGAGGUGGCCCGUGCUGCCAUCCUGGAUCUGGCUGGGACCGCCCGGUCAGACAAGAGCGGUCUCUCCGAAGACUGUGGGCCAGGAACCUCCGGGGAGCUGAGUGGGCUGAGACCCAUCAAAAUCGAACCAGAGGAUCCGGAUAUCAUUCAGGUCACUGUCCCAGACAAAGGCCCCAGCGAGGACCCUCGGCCCGAGGAAAGGCCAGUGGAGGAUAGUCACGGCGACGUGAUCCGGCCUUUGCGGAAGCAGGUGGAGCUACUUUUCAACACGCGAUACGCCAAGGCCAUUGGCAUCUCGGAGCCUGUCAAGGUGCCCUACUCCAAGUUCCUGAUGUACCCAGAGGAGCUGUUUGUGGUGGGGCUGCCUGAAGGCAUCUCCCUCCGCAGGCCCAACUGCUUUGGGAUCGCCAAGCUCCGGAAGAUCCUGGAAGCCAGCAACAGCAUCCAGUUUGUCAUCAAGAGGCCUGAGCUGCUCACGGAAGGAGUCAAAGAGCCCCUCGCGGACAGCCAAGAGAGGGAUUCCGGGGACCCUCUUGUGGACGAGAGCCUGAAGAGACAGGGCUUUCAAGAAAAUUAUGACGCCAGACUCUCGCGGAUCGACAUUGCCAACACGCUGAGGGAGCAAGUUCAGGAUCUGUUCAAUAAGAAAUACGGGGAGGCCUUGGGCAUCAAGUACCCAGUCCAGGUGCCCUACAAGCGGAUCAAGAGUAACCCCGGCUCAGUCAUCAUCGAGGGGCUGCCCCCGGGGAUCCCGUUCCGAAAGCCUUGCACCUUUGGCUCCCAAAACCUGGAGAGGAUCCUCGCGGUGGCUGACAAGAUCAAGUUCACCGUCACCAGGCCUUUCCAAGGACUCAUCCCGAAGCCUGACGAAGAUGAUGCCAACAGGCUCGGGGAGAAGGUGAUCCUCCGGGAGCAGGUGAAGGAGCUCUUCAACGAGAAAUACGGUGAGGCCCUGGGCCUGAACCGGCCCGUGCUGGUCCCUUACAAACUGAUCCGGGACAGCCCAGACGCCGUUGAGGUCACGGGCCUGCCCGACGACAUCCCUUUCCGGAACCCCAACACAUACGACAUCCACCGGCUGGAGAAGAUCCUGAAGGCCCGCGAGCAUGUCCGAAUGGUCAUCAUCAACCAGCUCCAACCUUUUGCAGAAAUCUGCAGUGACACCAAGGUGCCAGCCAAAGACAGCAGCAUUCCCAAGCGCAAGAGAAAGCGGGUCUCCGAAGGGAACUCCGUCUCCUCCUCCUCCUCAUCUUCCUCGUCCUCAUCCUCGAACCCGGAGUCGGUAGCAUCCACCAACCAGAUCUCACUCGUGCAAUGGCCAAUGUACAUGGUGGACUAUGCCGGCCUGAACGUGCAACUCCCGGGACCUCUGAAUUACUAGACCUCAGUGCUGAAUCAGGACCUCACUCAGAAAGACUAAAGGAAAUGUAAUUUAUGUACAAAGUGUAUAUUCGGAUAUGUAUCGAUGCCUUUUAGUUUUUCCAAUGAUUUUUACACUAUAUUCCUGCCACCAAGGCCUUUUUAAAUAAGUAAAAAAAAAAAGAAAAAAAAGCAUUGCCUCUGUUCCUAACUGUUGCUUGUUCUCUUUUGGAAUUUGUGGCUGCAGCUGCCGUCCCUGGAAUGAGGUCAGGAAGUUUGGCUCAGCUGGCCUGCCCAGGCCUUCCGUCUUUGCCAAGAACAGAGGCCACGGCCCUGACCACAGGGCCCUGGGUACAGGCUUCAUUCAUUUUGCUGCUGCUGGGGUCACAUGACCUCAGAAUGCAGUACCAGAAGAAGGCGAAGUGCAGGGCCGA